CAUGUUGCAGUCACUUCGACAACGGUGAACAUUGAGCAUCGAUGAGGUCAGACAAGUAAAACGUCGUCGGAACGUAUUUUGUAGAAUUUUUUAUUUUUGUUUUAAGUUUAAGUUUCUAGUAAGCAAAAAUUAGACAAAAUUAAAUUAAUUAAAAUUUUUGUUAAAUCUGUUUGGAUAUCUUGCAUAAGUUUUAUUGAAUUAUGAAGAAAAAAAGAACUAAAUGGGAGAAUUAUUGUGAUUUUGUGGCGGGUUGCUUCGGUGGUGCAUGCGGUGUCUUAGUAGGGCAUCCAUUGGACACGAUCAAAACAUGGCAGCAAGCUUCAAACACUUCUGUGCCAAGUGCAAUGCGGCAAAUUUAUCUGCGGAAUAAUGGCUUCAACGGUUUCUACAGGGGUAUGUUCUUUCCGUUCGUAACCACAGGUGCCAUUAACUCAAUACUUUUUGGUAUAUAUGGAAAUCACUUGCGACAAUUGCGUCACGUAUGCCACAGCGACUACCAACGGGAGCAGUUAGAAUAUCAGAACAUGUUUGUUGCGGGUUCCAUAGCAGGGUUCGCACAAUCUUUUAUUGCUUGUCCAAUUGAACUCAUAAAAGUUCGCCUACAGACCCAUUGCUUUUAUAACGAAUACGUUUAUGGCAUGCGACGUACUCCAUGGGGUAUGUUCAGAAAAAUCGUACAGACUGAUGGUAUUUCCGGUAUAUAUCGGGGAUUAGUACCAAUGAUGUGCCGUGAUGUGUUUCCAUAUGGCAUAUAUAUGCUAGUUUACCGCCAAACUGUGGACUAUUUGAACACAACAGAAUUCGUACGAAAACGUCAGGAGCGGCGUCUACUUAAAGAAAGUGGAAAUGUAGAUUUUCUUGUGACUACAUUAGCUGGUGCCUGGGCAGGAAUUCUGUCAUGGGUAUGUGUUAUACCGUUCGACGUGGUGAAAACAAUUAUGCAGGCCGAAGAGAAUCGUCAAUAUCGUAACAUACGUCACUGUUUGGUCAAGAAUUAUAAGUUAUAUGGAUUACGUCGUCUGUUUCGCGGUUCAUGGAUGCUGGUUGUUCGCGCAAUACCUUUUAAUGCAGCAACUUUUCUCGGUUACGAGUACGCAUUGGAAUGGUGUCAUAAAUUGAAUGACUCAUACAUUUAAGUUUCUCAAUUAACAACAUCAAAAUACAAAAAUAUAUUGAUUUUUCAAAGUUCUUUUUA